ACUGAGACUCACGGCGCUGCUUGCGUUCCAAGCCUCGGGUGCGCAGAAGCCUCCACUCUCCCGUUCUCUGUGCUGAUUGGUCAGGCAGGAUAGAGUGCAGCUUCCUCGUCGCAUCUUCUGCAGCAGCAUGGCCCCGAUCCUCCUGUUGAGUGCUGUGCUUUACCAGCUGUGUGCCGGCCAGCCAGGGCCCCCAGAUUCGCCUGGCAGGAUAGCUGUUGUCGGUGCUGGCAUUGGAGGCUCUGCAGUCACACAUUUCCUUCACCAGCAGUUUGGGCCACAGGUGCAGAUUGACGUCUACGAGGCAGAACGGGUUGGAGGCCGCCUGGCCACCUUGACAGUGAACAGUCAGCAGUAUGAGUCGGGCAGCCCUUCCGUUCACUCCUUAAACUUGCAUAUGCAGGACUUUGUCAAGCUCCUUGGGCUAAAACAUCGCAGAGAGGUGGCUGGAAAGAGCGCUAUUUUCAAUGGCGGGCAUCUGGUUCUAGAGGAAACCGACUGGUACCUUCUUAAUCUUUUCCGACUUUGGUGGCACUAUGGGAUCAGUUUUUUGAGACUUCAGAUGUGGGUGGAAGAAAUCAUGGAAAAAUUCAUGAGGGUGUAUAAGUACCAAGCUCAUGAGUAUGCUUUCUCGAGCACUGAAGGAUUGCUGCGUUCACUUGGAGGGGACCAUUUUGUGAAUAUGACCCAGAAGUCAGUUGCGGAGUCUUUGCAGGGAAUUGGAGUGUCACAGCGUUUCAUAGAUGAUGUGAUUAGUGCUGUGAUGAAAGCCAGCUAUGGACAGUCAGUGUCUAUUCCAGCUUUAGUGGGAGCCAUGUCUUUGGCAGGAGCCCAGGGAAAUAUGUGGGCUGUGGAAGGAGGUAAUAAGUUGGUAUGUUCCGGUUUGCUAAAGAUGACAAAGGCCAAUGUGAUCCAUGCUAGAGUGAUGGCAGUGUCUCUACACAGCUCAGAAAAGAAGCCCCUAUAUGAAGUGCAGUAUGAGAGAGAUGGGACACUGGGUUCCGAUUACUAUGAUGUGGUGAUUAUAGCUGCUCCGUUACAAAAAACAGGCUUCCCCAUCUCAUUUCUGAAUUUCCAGCCUACUCUUCCAGAGCAUACAAGUUCUUACCAUCGAGUGGUGACAUCCAUCGUCCAUGGCUACCUCAAUGCUUCCUAUUUUGGCUUCACAGACCCCAAACUGUUUCCGUUUGCCAGUAUCCUCUCCACAGACAGUCCAGAAGCUAUAUUUCACAGUCUGCAGAGCUUGUGCCCAGUCAAUGUGUCUGUUGGCUUCCGGCGCAAACCUCCACAGGAAGCUGGGGUUUGGCGGGUGCUAUCUUCGCUGCCUUUGGACAGGAAGGAACUAAAGACUCUGUUUAAGUCCUAUUACUCUGUUCAGGUCAUUGAGUGGCAGGCAUUCCCAAACUAUGGCACAGCCAGUUCUUCCAAAUCGCUUCCUCCUAUCAUUCUCCAUGAUGGUCUGUAUUAUGUAAGUGGUGCAGAAUGGGCAGCCAGCUCAGUGGAAAUGAUUGCUGUGGCUGCAAAAAAUGUGGCUUUGCUUGCUUUCAACCGCUGGUUUGAGCUCACUGAGAAAAUUGACCAGCAAGAUUUGAUGCACAAAGUGAAAACUGAACUUUAAAUCAAACAGCCAUAGAAUGGUUUAUCAACACUUUGCCAUGGCAUUAUGCAUUCAACACUGGAUAAGUUCAACAUCGUGACUGUGCAUUUGUAUGUUCUAUACUGAACAGUGGAGAGAUGGAACACCAUAUCUUAUAGCAGCUGACGCAAUGAAAUAAAGGGCCUUAUGUAGCAAACAGAAACGCACUGACUUUUUCAUCACUUAUUUUAGGUUUUAAAAAGACUUUGUGGUUUGGUACACUGGAAAUGAUUUGUAUGUUCAAGGGACGUUUUCUUUUACAACAA